AUGGCUACAACAGCAGCAAAUGCGCAAAGACAAACGAUAGGCUGUGAGGAAUACAGCCUGUACAGCAGCUUGAGUGAAGAUGAACUUAUAAAGAUGGCCAUCCAGCAGAGCUUGGAAGAGGACCCCUCAGGUCAAUCAGCUGCCCAGAGCCACCAGAAGUCGAUGGUGGCCGGUCCCAGCGAGGCGGUCGCCCCCAACCGCGCCAGCAGCCACAACCCACCCUACCACAUCUACCCAUGGCAAAGAUUGGCGGCCCAGUCGAGAGGCCGCACUCAGCCGUCCAGCUCGGGGGCAGCCUGGGGGGUCAGGCGAAGGUACGACAGCAGCCUCUUCAGCACAUCCCAGCCCGUGGAACUUGAUCCUGUAGUGGCAGCAAUCAAGAACGGAGAUGAAAAAGCAGUCUGUAACAUGAUGAAGUCGGGAAAAAACCUUUCUGAACCCAAUAAGGACGGCUGGAUACCCCUCCAUGAAGCGGCCUACUAUGGCCAAGUAGGUUGUCUGAGCCUGUUGCAAAAAGCGUACCCUGGCACAAUUGACCAGCGCACCCUCAAUGAGGAGACAGCUCUCUACCUGGCCACCAGCCGGGGCAACCUGGACUGCCUGCUCACCCUGCUGCAGGCCGGGGCCGAGCCUGACAUCUCCAACAAGGCCAGAGAAACGCCACUCUACAAAGCCUGCGAGCGCAAGAACGCAGAAGCUGCGAGACUCCUGGUGCAGUACAAUGCUGAUACCAACCAUCGCUGCAAUCGAGGAUGGACUGCUCUCCAUGAGGCUGUCUCCCGAAAUGACCUGGAGAUUAUUGAUAUCCUUGUGAAAGGAGGCGCCAAGAUUGAGUCUGCAAACGCCUAUGGGAUCACUUCUUUAUUUGUGGCAGCUGAGAGCGGGCAGUUGGAAGCUCUGAGAUACCUGGCGAAAUGUGGUGCUGAUAUAAACACUCAAGCCAGUGAUAAUGCCUCUGCUCUUUAUGAAGCCUGUAAAAAUGGACACGUACCUAUUGUGAAGUUUCUUUUGUCCCAAGGAGCAGAUGCUAACAAAGCCAAUAAGGAUGGCCUGUUACCUCUUCACAUAGCAGCCAAAAAAGGGAUUUGCGAGAUUGUCUCCAUGCUGAUCCCUGUGACCAGCCGCACUCGUGUCAAGCGCAGUGGCAUCAGCCCCCUGCACUUAGCAGCUGAGCGCAACAACGAUGACAUCUUGGAAGAGCUGAUCGAUGCUGGCUAUGAAGUCAACACUAUCCUUUCCGACGAACGGUCCUACCUCUACGAGGACAGACGCACCACUCCCCUCUAUUUUGCUGUUUUUAACAACAACAUUUAUGCCACGGAACUCCUGCUGCAAGCCGGAGCCAACCCCAAUGUUGACCUCAUCAACCCCUUACUCAUCGCCAUCCGCCUGGGCUGCCUGAAGACCAUGAAACUGCUCCUUGACCAUGGAGCCAACAUUGAUGCCUAUAUAUCAAGCCAUCCAACCGCAUUUCCAGCUACCAUCAUGUUUUCGAUGAAGUAUCUUUCCUUGCUGAAGUAUCUCCUGGAUCUGGGCUGUGAUGCAGGUUCCUGUUUCGAGUGUCAGUAUGGAAAUGGCCCACACCCUGCCUUAAAUUACAGACGGGACAGACUUAAUGAUCCUCAGCUGUCCAAGAAGCCAACUGUAGUACAGUUUUGCGAAAUGGUGUCUACUCCAGAGAUGAGUCGCUGGGCUGGGCCGAUCAUUGAUGUUCUCCUGGAUUAUGUGGGUAACGUGCAGCUCUGCUCCCGGCUCAAAGAGCACAUUGACAGCUAUGAGGACUGGGCUGUCAUUAAAGAAAAAGCAGAGCCCCCACGACCUCUUUCCCAUCUUUGCCGUGUCAAGGUACGAAGCCUGGUUGGAAGAAACCGCAUUGAACUUCUCAACACCUUGCCUCUCCCAGACAGACUGAUUCGAUACCUACAGCACGAUUACACACAGUGA